CACAAGCUCAUGUAAAGAACAGUUUCUCUUGAUCGUCUCCAUAGCUGGAUUAAAUAAGUUUUUUUGGUGCUAAAACAAAAUGUUCAGAUAUAUAAGAGAAGAUCCUGACUUGGAAACUUCGCCGUCAUCAAGUUAUUCACCCGUCGCUGACUUUUAUGCUGGGAAGUCAGUUUUUAUCACUGGAAUUACUGGUUUCCUUGGGAAGGUAUUCCUCGAGAAGCUGUUGUACAGUUGCAAGGAUAUUGACACCAUUUACGUGUUGAUACGUGAUAAAAAAGGCAAAAACGCGCAACAAAGACUUAAAGAGAUCCUUGAUAAAGCGCUAUUCUCAAGAUUAAGAGAUGAACGACCUUGUGAUUUUAAUAAAAUAGUUCCGGUUUUCGGCGAUAUCAGCCUACAGAAUCUUGGCAUUUCGAAGGAAGACGAGGAAACACUUAUACAGAAGGUAUCCGUAGUAUUUCACGUAGCGGGUAUAACAAAGUUUAACGAAGAGUUAAAAGUAGUUCUUAACACAAAUGUCGGAGGAACAAGUCGUGUGCUCAAUCUUUGUCAUCGAAUGAAGAACAUUAAGGUCUUCGUUCAUAUUUCUACAGCAUACUGUAAUACAAAUGUUCCGGUUCUGGAAGAAAAAUUGUAUCCACCACCAGCUAAGUUGACAGAAGUGUAUACGGUGCUGGAACAAGCCGAAUAUAAUGAAAAACAAAUUAAGGGCCUACUCAAUGGACGACCAAACACGUACACCUUCACGAAGGCGCUUGCUGAGUCCUACGUUGCUGAAAAUCAUGGAAACAUCCCCACAGUUAUCAUCAGACCUUCCAUUGUGUCAGCGGCACAAAGCGAGCCUAUACCAGGUUGGGUAGACAAUCUACUAGGAGCUACGGGCCUUAUUGUCGCAGUUAUGAAAGGGGCUAACCGAGUUUUGUACGGCGAUGAAGACAAUUUUCUGGAUCUGAUACCAGUGGACUAUGUGGCUAAUACAGCCAUUGUGGCAGCUGCGAGGUGUAAAAGGUCUGACAACGUCUCGGUUUACAACAGCUGCACAAGUUCAUGUAAUCCCUUGACGAUAGGAGCAUUAAUAAACUAUACGAAAACGUUUACCAAGAAAGAUGGACACAAUACUGUUCACGUUACCGUUACUGAGAAUAAGUGUUUGCUGUCCACUCUCACGACUUUGUUGCAAACUACACCCGCUUAUGCUAUGGACUUACUGCUACGAGCGAAGGGGAAAAAGCCUAAGUACAUGAAGAUUCAGUCUAAAAUAGUGUUAGGUCGAAAACUCCUAGACUAUUACACUUCUCAUUCCUGGGAGAUGAAGGCAGAUAGAACACGAGAACUCCAUGCUUCGUUGUCAGCUGAAGACAGGCUGCAGUUCCCCUGUGACCCAUGCCAUAUCGACUGGGAACAGUAUACCAACGUGUAUUUGAAAGGAAUAGAGCAGUUUAUAUUGUCCAGAUACUGUUGACAGCAUCAUGUCGGAUGGUCUUCAUUUAAAU